UGUCUGUGGAUUUUAACCCCUCGCAGGCUGGGGCGGAACGGGCCCUGGCGCUGAGCACGGGGGGCUAUGGAGACGGUGGAGUCUGUGACGUACCCCGACUUUCUGGUUGAUACUGAGAGCAAUGGCCCCUUUCCACUGGAGGAUCCCAGCGAGGAGAGCUUCCCGAUGGCGCACUCGGCCGAGUUCUCGUGGAUGGAGCGAGGGGAGGAGCUAUGUGACGCCGACUCAGAUGAGCGGGAGGAGCUGAGAGUUGUCCUGACAGAUGACGGGGCCCUGAGUGAGGACGAGGAGGCUGAUGAUGUGCAGGAGCCGGACGACGACGAUGGGGAGCCAGAAGGGCCGUUCUCAGCCCGCUCCGAAGGGGACGAUUCCUGCGAGAGCUCUGAGAGGCCACAGGGUAGAUGGCGUGAUGCAGGUGCGGGUGAGCAGGCCUGCGAUGCGGAGGAUAAGCCGUUCCGGUGCUCUGAGUGUGGCAAAGGGUUUGCCCAGAGCUCCAACCUGAUCAAACACCAGCGGGUCCACACCGGGGAGCGGCCCUACCGCUGCCACCAGUGCGGCAAGGCCUUCACCUGGAGCUCAUCGCUGCUGGAGCACCAGAAGUCUCAUGCUGGCGAAAAGCCCCACAGCUGUCCGGAGUGCGGGAAGAAGUUCAGCCGUGGCUCCACCCUGCUGGAGCACCAGCGCAUCCACACCGGCGAGAAGCCUUUCCGCUGCCACCAGUGCGGCGCCCGCUUCAGCCAGAGCUCCACACUAGUGCACCACCAGCGCACCCACACCGGGGAGCGGCCCUACCGCUGCGACGAGUGCGGGCGCAGCUUCGGCCGCAAGUCCACGCUGGUGACCCACCGCCGCACCCACACCGGCGAGAAGCCGUACCACUGCCUGGAGUGUGGACGCAGCUUCGUGGUCAGCUCGGACCUGGCCAAACACCAGCGCACCCACACCGGCGGCCAAGGCCCCUACCGCUGUGGAGAGUGCGGGGAGGGCUUUGGCUGGAGCGCCGCCCUGGCUGCCCAUCGGGCCAGCCAGCACAGCGCCGAGAAGCCCUACCGAUGCUCCGAGUGCGGGGAGGCUUUCCACCAAAGCGCCACACUGCUAGUGCACCAGCGCACCCACGCCGGCGACGAGGCCUUCACCUGCUCCGACUGUGGGGAGUGCUUCCUGGAGAGCGCCAAGCUGGCCCGGCACCGGCGCAUGCGACACAGCGCCGACGGGGAGGAGAAGCCUUUCAAGUGCUCUGAGUGCGGCAAGGGCUAUGCCCAGAGUGCCGGCCUGCGACACCACCAGCGAGAGCAACCCUUCCGCUGCCCGCAGUGCGGCCUGAGCUUUCUCUGGAGCUGCCGGCUGGCUGAGCACCGCCGCAGCUGCCGCAUGGCGGAGAAGCCCUACAAGUGCCCCGAGUGCGGCAAGAGUUUCGGCCAGAGCUCCAAGCUGCUGCGGCACCAGGUGACUCACACCGGCGAAAAGCCCUACAAGUGUCCGGAGUGUGGCAAGAUCUUCAGCCAGAGCUCCAAUCUGGCGGAGCACCGGCGCACACACGCCGGCCAGAAGCUCCACCGCUGUGGCAUCUGCGGCAAGAGCUUCGCCCUGGGCUCCUAUCUGGCCAAGCACCAGAUCACCCACACCGGGGAGCGGCCCUACCGCUGCACCGAGUGCGGCAAAGGCUUCCGGCAGAGCUCCAACUUGAUCCAGCACCAGCGCACCCACACCGGUGAGCGCCCAUACACCUGCCCCCAGUGCGGCAAAAGCUUCUGCCAGAACUCCCACCUCAUCAAGCACCGGCGCACCCACACUGGUGAGCGCCCCUACCGCUGCCCCCAGUGCGGCAAGAGCUUCCGCCAGAGCGCCAACCUGCUGGAGCACCAGAACACCCACACCGGCGAGCGCCCCUACCAGUGCGGCCAGUGCGGCAAGAGCUUUUGCUGGAGCUCAGCCUUCAGCAAACACCAGAGGACUCAUCUCAGCUAAGGGAGCUAUGCUGGGACCUACCUGAGCUGGGGGCCCUGUAUUGGGACUCUGCAGGCCCACCUGAGCUGGGGUGCCCCCCAUAUGGGGAUCACCAAGCCCCAUCUCCAGUUAUGGACCCCAUAUGGGGAUCCCCAGGAGCCAGGGCAACACUGGGACCCCUCCCUGCUUCCCCCCUCUCCCCUCCGAGCUAGGGGACCCAAUAUGGAGACCACCAGGACACCCCAUGGACGUGCUGGAGAUCCCAGCCUAUCUUGCAUCAGGGUGGCCCUGGUUGAUCCCUUCCAUCAGGGAAGCAAGAUCCAGCCAUGGCACAUGGAGGCAAA